AUGAAUUCGAACGCAAGUGGCGUCAUUAUUCUUCUGGAGUUGCUGCGCGUAUUUUCGAAGUUAUACAGAAAUAUGAAGACCAGUCCAAAGUAUAACUUGAUUUUUCUGCUCUCCGCUGGAGGAAAACUGAACUAUCAAGGGACAAGGCAAUGGAUCGAUAACUAUUUUGAACGCUAUGAUAGUCACAGCAACGUGGGCUCCAAAGUCCAUUACGCAUUAUGCUUAGACAGCUUAGCGAAGAGUAGCCAGCUGUUCAUGCAUGUAUCUAAGGUGCCGAAGAACGAAAGUUACUUGGCCAACUUUCAUCAGCAACUGGUCGGAGCAGCGGAACUAUUCAACCGCAGUGUCGUCAUUGUUCAGAAGAAGAUCAACCUAGCCGAAGAUUUCCUGGCGUGGGAACAUGAACGUUUUAACAUUCGGAAGAUCUAUGCUACUACGCUUUCUACGUCUAAAACACAUAAAGAUAUAACUAGCCGCUCAAUUUUGGACUUGAACAAAUCGGAGUACGCAGAUGUUCUCUCCAAAAAUAUAAACAUAAUCUCCGAAGGGUUGUUUCGUUAUUUGUUCGGUAUGUCAGACCUUGUUUCCGAACGUUUUAUUCAAGGAGAAGAGUCAAUAGUUCCGCAUGUUAAAAUGUGGCUCCGGUACUUCAGUACUACUCCCAGAAGUGCACAGGUUUUCGUUGGCUCUCAGGACAACUCUUUUCUGAACGACAUGUUGGCGUACAUGGAAACGUUUGCUAGCGAAGCAGCUUUGAUGCCUGUUGCGGCGGAUAAAAAAGAUCCUGAAUUCGUUCUUUUCGAAGGCGUCGAAGAUGUAAUUUUUGCAUAUAGUAUUAAGCCCGCCCUCUUUGAUUUGGUUCUUGCUGUCAUCGUUGCUGGUUACGUCUUCUCGGUGUAUUUUACGGUUGUGAAUAUAUCUGUCGUGCAGCAGAGGGUACGACGAAUACUGAAGCUCAGACAUGAGAAACUGCGAUAA